AUGGCGUCGAACGCUUUGGUACUAGAGAAAGCAACUCUGGAAGACGUUCCUGCGCUUACUGAGUUAUGGUACGCCGGGUUCACAGACCCCGGGGUGCGGUACUUGUGGCCCGAUACUCCAGGUGUGCGCAAGUGGUGGGAUGAGGCCAACCGCGAGGAUCUUGCCAAUAAGACCUACCAGCACUAUAUCAAAGUUAUCGACCCCAGUUUGAAGGACCACCAGGGUCGGCCGCGGAUAGCUGCUUUUGCGAAAUGGGACACGGCUACGCAGGAGGAGCGAGGACCUCGAUAUCCUGCUUGGAACACGGAUAUGCCUCUCCAAGCGAUUGAGGACUUUAUUCAAAGCCUGGAGAACUCAAGACAGCAAGUGAUGGCCGGGAAGACAAAGCAUUACUAUCUUGAUACUCUCGUCACACAUCCCGAGUAUCAAAGACGAGGUGCCGGCUCAAUGCUCAUGAAAUGGGGUUGCGAUCUUGCGGAUGAAAAUGGUGCCGAGCUCUACGUAGAUGCAAGCAAGGACGGCUCAUUCCUUUACCGGAAAUUCGGUUUCAUUGAACAGACCCUGGAGGGUGAACCUGCAUCUGGAAUCAUCCCGAUGGCUCGGGCCCUCACAGAGAAGAGCCGAAGUGGUGGGCGCAUGGACCUCGCGCUCGUGGGAGGAGGUAGUGAGAAGACAUGCACUGGGAAGUGA